CGCGCCCGUUGGGGCGGGCGGACGGGCGGGCGCGCGCGCGCGCCUCCUCCCCACCCCCACCUGCCGGAGAACGGCGACACAAUGGCGGCGCCCUUGCAAGUCCCGCGGCCUGUCACCCACCUACUCUUUGACAUGGACGGCCUGCUUCUGGACACCGAGCGGCUGUACUCCGCGGUGUUCCAGGAAAUCUGCGGCCGCUACGGCAAGCAGUACACCUGGGCCGUGAAGUCGCUGGUGAUGGGCAAGAAGGCCCUGGAGGCCGCGCAGAUCAUCAUAGACGAGCUGCAGCUGCCCAUGGACAAGGAGGCGCUGGUGAAUGAGAGCCAGGCCCGGCUCAGGGACCUGUUCCCCACGGCGGCGCUGUUGCCAGGGGUGGAAAGGCUGAUCCGCCACCUGCGCAAGCACGGCGUGCCCAUGGCCGUGGCCACCAGCUCCGGGACCGGCUCCUUCGAGGUGAAGACCCUCAGGCACAAGGAGCUCUUCGGCUUGUUCGACCACAUCGUGCUCGGGGACGACCCCGAGGUGAAGAACGGCAAGCCGGAGCCCGACAUCUUCCUGGCCUGCGCGAAGCGGUUUUCCCCGCCCGCCCCCGCGGAGAAGUGCCUGGUCUUUGAAGACGCUCCCAACGGGGUGCAGGCGGCCCUGGCAGCCGGGAUGCAGGUGGUGAUGGUGCCCGACCGCAACCUGCAGCGAGACCUCAUUGCCAAGGCCACGCUGGUGCUGCGCUCCCUGCAGGACUUCCAGCCCGACCUGUUCGGGCUGCCGCCCUACCCCCUCGAGUGAGAGGCGGGGCCCUGCGGCUGCGGGCGGGCGCGCCCCUCCCGGCCCCGCCCCGCCCCCUCCGCGGGCCACCGUAGCUGCCACCUCGCCACCCACCUCGGGACUUGUGAACGCCCCCACCCUGCAGAUGAACCUGAGCGCGCGCGCGCGUGCACACUGGACGCGGCCCCCGGAGCAGAGGCCAGCACUGGCCCCCGGGCAGUCACGGCGUGCUUGUGCCCGGGUGGUGCUGCAAGAAUCACGUGCACUGAAUACAUGUAUGCACACACACGCGCUUACACGCCACUGCGCAGGCACGCAUGGGGCCCUGCGUGCGUGCACGCACCAACACACAUUCCCGUGCGUGGAGACAGCGUGAAGUGACGGGCGUGCGUGCUUUCCCCACACCCGGACUGGCGUGUGUGAAGUGUGCAUGAGCGUGUGCAGGGUCUGUGCACAUAUGUGUGUGGGCGUGUGUGUGCGUGUGCGCACACCCUCUGUGCUGCGGCGCCCAGCCCUGCCCGUCACGCUGUGCGUGCUGACGGCCCUGAGGGCCGCUGCUGUUGCUUUCUGGUCCGAGCGGCCGUUCUCUUUGCUUUCCAAUCUGAGGGGGCGGUUCUGUUUGGUUUCCGAUCCGAGGGGGGCAGUUCUCUUUGCUUUGUCAUCUGAGGGGCAGUUCCGCUUGGUUUCCAAUCCGAGGGGGCAUUCUUUUUGAUU